AUGACUUCUGCAGAUCCGAUAUUAGCCUCAAAUAACAAUCUCAAUCCAAAAUUUAAUGAUUACCGUUCUCGAGUUAUGCUCGGUGAGCUUCCAUCAGAUUUUCUUCGUAUUCAACUUCUUGAAUCUCAAAUCUACAAUCAAUUGAAUGCUCAACUUGACAUUCAGCAAAAUCCAAACUUUCUCGGUUAUUUUACCAUAACUAUUGCUGAAGCGAAGCUAAUAAAAAACUCGGGACCAUUGGGUUUACUUCGUAUGGAUCCGUACGUUCGUUUUCAAGUAGGUCAUGUGUCCUAUGAAACUCCGACAGCAACUGGAGGAGGUAAAAACCCUCAAUGGAAAGCAUCCUAUCGAUUUAACCUCUUCAAAGGUAUGAAACGUAUACAUAUGGAAAUUUUCGACCAGCGCAGUUUUACGGAGGAUAGUUUUAUCGGAGAAUGUAAUAUUGACAUACCACGCGAAGUGUUCGAGGGUCAGACGUAUCAACAUUGGUAUUCACUGAUGGGACGUGAAGCGAAUGCCAAUGAGAAUCAAGGUGAUAUACUCGUCAUUAUGAGUUUUGCUACAAUGUUGGGAAGUAUUUCGUCAUCAUUCGAAAAUCCGAGCAUUUCCAACAGUCCGACUAUGUCUUCAUUAUCAUCCCAAUCGAAUAGUCUUGGAGAAUCCAAUCUGCCGUAUGCAGUGGAAGAUAUCAAAACUAUCGAAGAGAUGUUUCCAACAAUUGAUCGUCAGAUUAUCAUCGAUUUAAUGGGCAAAUAUGAAGGCAAUAAGGACAUCGUCGUCAAUUGUCUUUUACAGAAUUCUCAGUCCUAA